CAAGUGUGCUGCUCAGGAAGGCUGUGAAGCAAAACGGUCUUCUCUUUUGCAUGAUGUUGCAUCCUUGCACUUGCAAGUUGCAGCGGCGAAGUGUAGCUUGCAUGUUUUGAAGCCUCCUCAUCCUGCCAAGCCGGCAGGUGCGCUUAAGAAGCAAUUUUUUUGUUGACCACUUCCAUUCUACUCUUUUAUGCUGCACCUGAAGGAAGCAAUCUGCCUUGCUGCUGACUAGAGUUGCAGAGGGCCACGCAAAAGUAAACCAUGCAGAUCUUGUUGUCUCUGUCCUAAGCUCGGUUUACGCUGCUGCUGUGUGCGCAAGGUUGCCGCAUUUCCUACAUGAGAGGAUCAGCUGCCUCUGUUGACAGCACACUUAGGCAACCUCUCCCCAAAGUGCACCACCACUGAUCAAACGCCUCACAUCAGGACGGGACACCUAGUCGUCACUUUCUUGACAUCGGGCACGCUAGGCAUAGGCCAGCAGCAAGGGUACCAAAUAAGCCUUGUUGCCUUGUGCACCCUCUAAAGCUCGACCACUCAACUUUAGUGGCAGUUAGACGGAAGCAGGUUGCACGCAAUUUUGAAAUCACCUCAAAGCGCCGCACUUUUUUGAAAUGGGGCCCGCUUUGCACGCAGAAGGAUCUGGGCCAGAGGUCGAUAGCAUCCUGUCGGACGUGCGACUAUCUUCCAAUACCAGUCCCGAGCCACAUCAUCGCCACAUAGGAGUCCCCUACCCAGAAGCGUCAGGGUCCGAGCCUCGUGAAAUCGAUUUCCUUUUGUCCCGCUCUGAGGCGCCCAUUCACAUUGGACACCGGCAUGAGGUGCCCGUUCACACUGGCCGGCAACAUGUCCACUCACAGUGGAGUGACGGCGAUGACAGCGAAGGGGAGGAGGAGCGGCUACUUCUGGAGGGGCCCGUUCACACCGGACGGCAGAACGGGGAGGUUCUUCGCGCCGGAAACCAACUCGAGGGGCACGUUCACAUCGGUUCUCGGCACAAGGUCGUCAGGUGGAGCGACGGCACUGAGUGGAGCGUGGAAGAAGGGAUCGGUGUGAAUGGGGCCUCGAGGCGCCAGGUGUUUGCUGAGGUGGCGAAGCAGGGGGCGCUUGCGGGUCCGAUCAUGGGGAUGAACGUCGUGUGGUUUCUACGGUCGAUUGUGUCCAUGAUUUUCCUGGGGAGACUGGGCGAGCUGGAGCUGGCGGCUGGCUCGUUGGCUAUCUCGCUGGCAAACGUGACUGGUUACAGCAUUUUGUACGGCCUCUCGACCGGCCUCGAGCCCCUCAUCUCCCAGGCCUACGGCGCGAAGCGCUACCACACAAUGGGCCGCAUUCUGAACCGAGGGAUCGUCAUUCUCCUCUUUGCUUGCAUUCCGAUUAUUGUCAUCUGGGCGAACGCGGAAAGUUUGCUGCUCCUGAUGAAGCAGGACCCGGGCAUUUCGCGAGAAGCGGGGCGGUACCUCCGGUGGAUGAUCCCCGACCUAAUCGCGCUUGCGGGGGCGCAGCCAGUGCGGGUGUAUCUGCGGUCACAGGGCUUGACGUUUCCGCUCAUACCCUGCGCGGUCAUCGCCUUCAUCUUCCACGUGCCCAUCAACUUCCUGCUCAUCUUUGGCCUCAAGUUGGGCGCUGCGGGGGCGGCUCUCGCGUCUGGCGUCACGGAUUUCAACCUGCUGUUCCUUAUGGUUCUCUACAUCCGCUGCUUGGGCGUUCACAAAAAGUCGUGGACCGGAUUUUCAAUACGGAGCUGCUUCUCGGAGUGGGGGCCGUUCCUGCGAUUGGCGGCGCCUUCCUGUGUUGCCACGUGUCUUGAGUGGUGGUGCUACGAAUUGCUGCUGCUCUUUGCGGGCUUGCUGAAGAACCCCGUGGAAUCCGUAGCCGUGAUGUCGGUAUGCCUCAACUUCGGCGCGCUCGCGUACAUGGUCCCCGCAGCGAUGAGCUCGUCGUUGAGCGCGCGCGUCGGUAACGAGCUCGGCGCAAACAGCCCCUUCUUCGCCCGGUUGGCAACGCAAGUGGCCGGUUGGCUGUCCGUCUUUCUGGGGGGCGUUUCCGCGCUCAUCCUGAUACUGACACGUCACCAGAUCGGACGGCUGUUCACCGAUAACGAGGACCUGCUGAAAAUGAUCGCUAGUAUCCUUCCGCUUGUGGCGCUCUGCCACGUGGCAGACAGCCCGCAGACGACGCUCUCGGGGGCUCUCCGGGGGAUGGCGCGGCCCACUAUUUUCCUGGUGAUCAACCUGGCGUCGUACUACGGGUUUGGCAUGCCGGUCGCCCUCUUCCUCGCUUUCCACGCCCACUUGGGAGUGCCCGGAAUGUGGAUGGGCCUUUUUUGCGCGCAGAUUGUGCAAGUAAUCUUAGUGUGCGCGAUCGUUUUCCGAACGGACUGGCCGAUGCAAGCGGCAAAGGCCCAGGAAUUGACGUGUCAGAUCGAUGAGAAUGAUUCGAAGGAGUCGACAGAGAGUCUGCAGAAGGGGCUUGAGAUGGGGGAUGUUGAGAAGCAGGAAGUUUCGGAUAUAUACGGCCACGAAGACGACUGAUAGAUGCGCGCGGAUCGAUUGAGAACAUAUAUGGGCGGACGACACCAGCCGACUUUUAGUUGGGUUACCAUGAAAGAGGUAUUGAAUCUUGAAAUCGGAGCAAUUGAGCUUGUGACAUGCUGGUCCCGCGGUGUCAAGAAGCAAAUAUAUGAGCUAUCCAGGUGAGAGUUCCAACACCGUCUGUUUUGACGGCACGUUUUGGAGGCAGUCAAUAUAGAAGCAAAACCGAUAUCUUAAACCCGG